UAAUUGUGAGCAUUGAAAUAAAGAACAGAUUUUAAAAAGUGACAAAAAUGUUAUGUAUUAUUUGACAAAUGGGGGAAGUUUAAAACAUUGCAUUUUCACUCAUUAAAGAUAAAAUUUUCUGAACUAUUCCAAAUUUAAUUGCUUGUCAAGCGUUAUGGCCAAUAUGCACGAGGGCUUAGUGACUAUCAUUAUACUGUUAUAUCAAUUACUUCUAUAUGUACGCUCUAUAAAUCCUAUCAAGCGGGCGGCCCUUCUGCUCAUUAUACACAACGUUUUUAUGUACCAUAUUAUAAAUCGGUUCAAGCAUUUGGCGCAAACUUCUAUUAACUCUUUCGGUCCGGUCAAUACCUUUUAUUAUGUACCCCUGGUCUAUGAGGAGCCUGUCAUGUAUCAAGCUAAUGAGGAUAUGCAUUUAGUCUUAAAGUCUGCAACAUGGAAAUUUUUGGAAACGCUUUUUAGACAUCAUUUGGCUUUACUUCUGCCAUUUUUACUCGCUUUGUUGGUACCGCGCUGCAAGCUGGUAUAUGUUAGCAGUCUGGUCAUAUUGUCGAAUCUAGCGAUGUGUAUAUGCUUCAUCUACUCCAUGUGGAAGUGGUUGAUGCUGAGUGGCUUAUCGCUGAGCCUACAUCUGGUGCCCAUCUUUUUCUUAGGUCCGGUGGUGCAAUUGCUGUUCAUGUUUCGUUUUGCAGCGCAUAUGUUGCUCAACCUCUGGAUUGUAGUUUGAAACAUGAAAGUGGCUGCAUCCUGAACUACCGAAGACGCUGUCCAUUAGAAGUCAAGGUAUAGAGAAGAACGUGUGGGUGGUGUUGGUUGUAAAUGCAAAGCAAAAGUUUUGCAUCAAAUCAAAGCAAUAAACGAACAAAACUGAGUAACUUGAGGCAC